UCCCGUUCCGGGUUGAGUAUUUCAUAACCAGGUCUGAGUGUGGACGACGCGUGCACGAGAACACAGGAAUACAAACUCCAUGUUCUCCUUCGUCGCUUCGUGUUUGCUGUUGGCGAUCUUCAUCGCCGGGUGUUCUGGGGAAGAUUGCUAUGGUCCAGGCUGUCAGCCUUGUGGUCAGUGUUAUAGCGGAACCUGUAACAACAAAACUGGACAUUGUUUAUCGGGAUGCAAAGCUCACUUUAAGUUGCCUUCGUGCAAAGAGUGCGAAGAUGGGUGGUGGAACGACAACUGUUCGGAAAGAUGUGGAAGCUGCUCGAAUUCAAACAAGUCAUGCAAUAAGCCGGAUGGUCAUUGUAAAUCAUGCAUAAGUGGGCUGCAGCCUCCUCUGUGCACAGAGGUUUGCCGUAAGGGCUACUACGGACCAAACUGUAAGAUACCCUGUGGCAAUUGCUCGAAUCCAAACAUAUCCUGCGACCCUGUUAGCGGAACAUGUCCUGGCCGAUGUCUUGAUGGGUUUAUAGGUAGCAACUGCAAAACAAAGUGUCCCCUUGGAACCGCUGGGCCUAAUUGUGACCACCUGUGUCGGAACUGCAAGGACAAUGAUUGUGAUGCCGGGGGGAACUGUACACGAGGGUGCCGAGCUGGCUAUUUUGGACACAAGUGCGAAAAUGGAGGUCACAUGAUGUUCAAAGAGUAUGUGAUAGGUGGCUCUGUCGGUUGUUGUGCACUAAUUUUGAUCCUCGUUGUCAUUUUCCUGAUCGUCCGUGCUUGUGGGAAGAACAAAAGACGGAAACACGCACUGCUGACAAUGCAUCAUAUUCAGAAAAAACUUUCGGAUCAGGCCCGCUUCGCACAAGUAGACCCGGAAACUGACCUUGACACUGCCUCGAUCUGUCCAACCAACCAGGAAGCAGAACCUUCACAGCCUCACUACAGGACCCAUUCGAACACAUGUCCAGAUGUAAUGCAAGCCGUCGAAACCUCCUCAUCUGGAGAUGUAAAGUUGCCCGUUACAGUUACGAAAAGUUAUCCUGGGCCCAGCUCGCCAGCAGUACCAGUUUCCCGCUUGCCACCUCCCCCCUUUGCCCGUACAGGACCCCUUCCCCCCCAUCACCUCAGAGCAUACAAGGAUAUCCCGUGCUUCGACCAACAGUAACUACGUAAUCGCCGUCAGCAGCCCCGACGUCGAACCCUACGAUAAUAUGACGUUUUCCGAUAACAGCUACCACCCGCGUGGGUGCUCACAAGCUUCUGAGAAAGAACCUGUAUAUGUGAAUAAGUAAGAGGGAAAUCAUGAAGGUUAGAGACAUGGCGAAAAUAUUUGAAUCGGCAGAUGAAAAGUGAUGAAUGUUGAUUGUCUCCAUAUAAAAUGGCGCAGUGAUGGUGGUGAAGAAGCUUUCAAAGCUCUAAUGGAAAAGAAACAAUACCAUGAAACAAACCACACCACAUUCUCAACGAAUGUUGAACCGAAUGUGUGUAAUCUCGACCAGGGACCUCAGGUGACUUCGCGAAUUCUGGGCCCCGUUCAAAACUGUGACUUGAGGGCUAAGCCGUCUCAGUUUAUACCGACUUACCACGGUGACAACUGUACAAACCAUGCCAAAACCCUGGAUUUGUAGGGUCUUGGAAACUAAUGCCUGACUUUAGCAGUGAAUGUCACAGGAAAAACAGACUGGUGGUGAAUUGGAGAUACAGCAUAUCUACAUAAUGCUCAGUGUUUGAGCAAUUUUUGCGAUAGGAAAUUGUAGUACAAUAGUUGUAAAUAUAGCAUAUACGCUCCCUCACUCUCUCUCUCCAUCGCUCCCUCCAUCUCUCCUUCUCCCUCUCUAUAUCUCCCUCAAUCUCUCUCCAUCCUUCUCUCUCUCCAUCCUUCUCUCUCUUAUCUCUCCAU